AUGUCCCAUAAUCAAUCAAGGGGUGACAGGACCGAGUCUGGACAGUACAAGAAAACCGGCCGAUCCAGUAGUUUCAAUCAGCAGCGCCACUUCUCUGGCGGUUUUAAGGGCGGCGGUGGUGGAGGUGGAGGCUCCUCCCCGGCCACUCCCGCUAAUCCCUCUAUCUCCAACCGCAGUAUUAAGAGGUCUAAUAGCAAUGUACAAGGGGGGCAAUCUAGGGUGCACAGUCCGAAUGUUAUCCAGGAUUCAAGCCAUUCAUUCCCAUUACCUGUUGUACAGAAUGGCGCUCAACGACAUCAGCCAACACCUGGAGUGUCUGAUGCAUUAGUUACGAGUGUAAAUGUCACCCCAAUCAACGCCCCAGCUCAGAGAAUCACCCAAGCUGUUCCAAGAGCUCCAUCUACCAAUGCUUCUACUGCAGCUCCAUCUACCAGUGCUUCUACUGCAGCUCCAUCUACCAAUGCUUCUUCUGCUAGCUCUGAUGCCAACAGCUCUGCAACACCUGGAAAGGCUGCAGUAGAUGCUUCCGGCUCAUUUUCUCUGCAGUUUGGGUCUAUAAGCCCUGGAUUUAUGAGUGGCAUGCAGAUUCCUGCACGAACAAGCUCAGCCCCACCAAAUUUGGAUGAGCAGAAAAAAGAUCAGGCCUGUAACAACUCUUUAAAAGCUGCACCUGCAGUGCCAACUCCGACCAUUCCCAAACAGCGACUGCCGAAAAAAGACACAAGGGUCCUUGAUCAACCCAACACCGGUGAAGCUCAGCCAGUAUCCAAGUUUAAAAGGGAUGUGCAAGUUUCAGCUGCACCUCCCGCAACUCAAACUCAAAAACUGUCUGUACAUCUUAUGUCUGGGAUGUCCACGCAAAUGCAAUUUCAACAGCCACAGGUUCCAGUUCAAGUUCGUGCCCCUAGUCCUCAAAUUCAGUCGCAGGCCAUGCCAACCUCAGCUUUGCCAAUACCAAUACAAAUGGGGCUGUCUAUUCCUUUACCGAUGGGAAAUCCACCAAUGUUUUUUUCAGGUCUUCAACCACCACACGUGAUGCAGUCUCAAGGAUUGAGUCAUCAGGGUCAGAACUUGAACUAUUCAUCGCAAAUGGGUCAUCAGAUGUCCCCUCAGUUGGGUAGCAUGGGAAUUAAUAUGGCCCCACAAUUUCCUCCACAACAGGCUGCAAAGUUCACGGCUUCUCGUAAAACAGUAAAAAUUACUCAUCCUGAAACUCAUGAAGAAUUGAGACUUGAUGGGUCAUCAGGCGUGAGGUCACACCCUAAUGUGCCACCUCCUUCACAGCCUAUUCUAUCAUUUCCUCCUAAUCAUCCAAUGAGCUAUUAUGCUAAAUCAUAUAAUUCUGGUUCCCUCUUUUUUCCACCUCCAAGUUCCGUUCCGCCAAAUAGUUCCCAGAUUCUUCCCAGUUCUCAGCCACCGAGGUUUUUUAAUCAGGUUACAGUAAAACCAGCCUCUGGCUCUCAUGUGGAUAAGGGCACAGUGCCAUCUAGUGAAAAGGGAGAAUCUAUGAAACCUUUAAGCCCCCGCGGAGAAGUUUCACGUCGUCCUCAAAAGGACUUUGAACCUUCAUCUUUAAGCUAUUUGAAGCAGUCAAAUCCUAGUGUUGAACCAUCAUCUAAAUCAGUUUCCAUUGCCAGUAAACAAUCUGCUACUGUGACUGGUUCUGUUACUAUGGAGACUGAAGGGCACAAAAUGUUUUCUGCUUCCCUGGCUCUUGUUGAUGACAUUGCAUCUUCACCAUCCAGUGGUGCUGGAGAUGCUAGAAAUAAUACAUCUGAUGGACCUGACUCCAUUACAGAUGAACACAAAAAAUCGAGCAACAUAGGACAACAGGAUCAGGUUUGUGCACAAUCUCCAUCUGCUUUGUCUUCUCAAUUGCCCGAACCUGAAACUUUGGAAGCUAAAACAAGUAUUUUAUCACGAACUAGUGUGAUGUUGGAAACUGCAAAAGAGUCAUCAUUAACAACAACAGCUACUGCUUUGGAGGCUUAUGAUUCAAAAAGAGAUAGGGUUGCUGAAGGCAAGACAAUUCAGUCAUCAAAUAUUUUAGACACAAAUAAUGUGAAAAACACACAAUCAAAGACUGAAACAUUGGGAAAAAAGGACAGAGGAGAAGUAAUCUUGCCUGAGAGUUUCAAACCACAUAACAGUAGCCCAGAGACAUCUUCAAAAUCUAUUUCUCCAGAAUCUUCUGAAAUCACGUGUAAUCAUGAAGAGAGCUCUUCUCAGGAGGUAGUGGCCUCCAGCAGUCAAGGUAGUUCAUUGGGAACUGCACAGCAAAAGUUGGAAGAAUGUACUAGUUGCUUUGGAAAUGUUGGUAUUGCGGAUGAUUUAAUUGCAUCUACUUCCAUGCUGGAUAGUGGAAGUGCAAUUGGUUCAUCUGUUGGGGGUGAUGAGACCUCAACUUCAGACAAUUCUUUAAGUGUGCCUGAUACUGUAAAUAGUAAAGAAGCUUCUGUUACGAACUCUGAUAUUGCAGACCAGGAUUACCAUCCUGUUUCAGUUCCAUUUUCUUCUGAAAGUGUUUCGAAAAGUGAAAAUGAAGGUAUUGAGAACAAUAGCGUUGGAUUGGAUUCUCUACCGUCAUCAGGUGUCAGAGAAAAUGUUUUGUUAGAGCCAAAUGCGGCAAAAAGUACUAUGGCUAGGGUGAAGAAGAAGAGAAAAGAAUUCUAUAGAAAAGCAGAAGCUGCUGGUACAAGUUCUGAUCUUUAUAUGGCAUAUAAGCCAGAAGAAAAGAAAGAAACUGAUGCCCCAGCACAAAGCACAGAGAACACUUUGAGGAAUACCACUGAUGUGACUCAGGACAUUGCUAUAUCAAGUCUGAAAUCAGGUCAGAGUAAAGUGGAGCCAGAAGAUUGGGAAGAUGCUGUUGACAUCUCUUCUCCAAAGUUAACCAUGAAAAAUGAGCAGCAGAUUAAUGAUCUCGAUGGGAAUGGAUUAAUGACCAUAACUUAUUCCCGAGAUUUCCUCCUCAAAUUUGCUGAACAAUUUACUGAUCUUCCUGAGGGUUUUGAGAUCCCCUCAGGUAUGGCUGGUGCCUUGAUGGUAUCUAGUUUUAGUAUUCCACAUGAGUCAUACCCAAGUCCUGGAAAAAAAAUUGACAGGCCUAUUGUGGGGUCCAGACCUGAUCAUCAUGGAAGUGUCAUGGCUGAUGAGGACAAAUGGAGCAAAAUACCUAGCCAUCUAAUGUCAGUGAAGGGAGAUAUGCGGAUGGAUAUUGGUUAUGGGGGUAGCAUGGGGUUUCGGCCUGGUCAAGGAGGUAAUUAUGGUGUUCUAUGGAACUUACGAGCACAGUCACCUCUUCAGCAUGCUGGGGGAAUCCUUUCUGGGCCAAUGCAGUCCUUGGGGCCACAGGGAGGUCUGCAAAGGAAUAACUCUGAUUCUGACAGGUGGCAGCGUGGAAUUGCCUUUCAGAAGGGUUUAAUUCCUUCUCCUCAGACACCAUUACAGGUGAUGCACAAAGCUGAGAAGAAAUAUGAAAUAGGUAAAGUUUCAGAUGAGGAAGAAAUCAAGCAGAGGCAGUUGAAAGCCAUCUUAAACAAGCUUACUCCUCAAAACUUUGAAAAAUUGUUUGAGCAAGUGAAGCAAGUCAACAUUGACAAUGUUGUAACUCUCUCUGGGGUGAUCUCUCAAAUAUUUGAUAAAGCUUUGAUGGAACCCACCUUCUGCGAGAUGUAUGCUAACUUCUGCUUUCAUCUAGCGGCAGAGUUGCCUGAUUUGAGUGUAGAAAAUGAAAGAAUUACUUUUAAGAGAUUACUUCUGAACAAAUGCCAGGAAGAAUUUGAGAGAGGAGAAAAGGAAGAAGAAGAGGCGAAUAAAGCUGAUGAGGAAGGUCAAGCAAAACAAUCGGAACAGGAAAGAGAGGAGAAGAGGCUCCGAGCACGGAGGCGCAUGUUAGGUAAUAUAAGACUAAUUGGAGAACUGUACAAAAAGAGAAUGCUGACAGAGAGAAUAAUGCAUGAGUGCAUAAAGAAGUUGUUGGGCCAGUAUCAGAAUCCUGAAGAGGAAGAUAUUGAAGCCUUGUGCAAGUUAAUGAGCACGAUUGGUGAGAUGAUAGAUCAUCCCAAAGCCAAGGAGCACAUGGAUGCCUAUUUUGACAUUAUGGCCCAAUUGUCAAACAACAUGAAACUAUCUUCUAGGGUAAGGUUCAUGCUGAAAGACUCAAUUGAUCUGAGAAAGAAUAAGUGGCGACAGAGGAGGAAAGUUGAAGGGCCAAAGAAGAUCGAUGAAGUGCACAGAGAUGCUGCUCAAGAACGGCAGGCACAAGCUAGUAGGCUAGCUCGUGCUCCCAGCAAUGGGACUUUUGGUAGAAGGGGUCCACCUCUGGAUUUUGCUCCUAGAGCUCCCAAUCUAUUAUCUUCUCCUAGUCCCCAGAUGAGUGGUUUCCAUGCCGUACCCCUACAGCUUCGUGGCCAUGAUUCUCAGGAUGUUCGAUUGGAGGAGAGACAUCACUUUGAGAACAGAAGCAUGUCCGUUUCUCUGCCUCAAAGGCCCUUCAGCAAUGAUUCCAUAACCCUUGGGCCCCAAGGUGGUCUUGCAAGGGGAAUGGCUUUCAGAGGGCAGCCAUCAGCACCUGGUCUUCCGUUGGUUGAGAUUUCAAGUCCCGGAGAUGCGCGUAGGACAGCACCUAGCCUAAAUGGAUUUAGUUCUAUGCCAGAAUGGACACCUUAUGGUCAAAGAGAAGAUCUCAUGCCGAGAUAUAUGACGGAAAGGUUUUCUAGCCCAUCUGUUCAUGACCAAUCAAAUCCACUAGAGCGAAGUAUUAACCAUCGGAAUAGAGAUAUUAGAAAUGCUGAUCACAACUUUGAUAGAUCUGUACCUACUUCUUCUACACAAGAUAGGACCCCAGCUGCUUCAUCAGAAAAGAUGUGGCCAGAAGAGCAUUUGCAGCAUAUGUCCAUGUCAGCAAUUAAAGAAUUUUAUAGCGCAAGAGAUGAGAAUGAAGUUGCUUUGUGCAUCAAGGAAUUGAAUGCUCCCAGCUUCUAUCCAUCUAUGAUUUCUCUCUGGGUUGCCGAUUCUUUUGAGAGGAAUGACACAGAGAGAGAUCUGUUGACAAAGCUCCUGAUUGGUCUUAUGAAAGCUCGAGAUGGAAUGAUAAGUCAAGAUCAGCUUAUCAAAGGGUUUGAAUCUGUUCUCACCACAUUGGAUGAUGCUGUAAAUGAUGCCCCUAGAGCAGCAGAGUUUCUCGGCCGCAUCUUUACAAAAAUCAUAAUGGAGAAUGUCAUUUCAUUUUCUGAAGUUGAGAGGUUGAUCUAUGAAGGUGGGGCAGAGAAAGGAUAUCUGGUCGAAAUAGGUCUUGCAGCUGAAGUCCUUGGGAGCAUCUUGGAGACGAUUAAAUCAGAAAUGGGUGAUUCCGUAUUGACUCAGAUCCUUUCAAGCUCUAAUCUGCGGCUAGAAAACUUCAGGCCUCCAGGUUCUAACAAAUCUUGGAGACUAGAUAAGUUUACUUAA